UCGAGCAUACCUAGAUACUAUCUUGGUUUAGUUGCCCACUUACAAAAACUAGUGCUAGUCUGCUAGCUUACCUAGCUAGGUAGAUACGUGAUCCUGAAUCCUGAUCAUGGCGUUAGUGCGGGAGCCGAUGGUGAUGUACGACAGCGGCUACGACGACGCCGAGACGUCUGCGCUCGGCUACGGCGGCGUAGACGCGGCCUCGCUGUUCGACUUCGGAGGCUACACCUACGCCCACGACGAGCCGGCCGGCGCCACCAGCAACUACGUGCCUAACAGCCCGAGCUGGGCGGGCGCUGGGCCCUCCCUACUCACGUUCGACCGCACCCAGCGCGGUCAAGGCGCCCAGGCAGCGGCCACGGCGACGAUGGUCGUUUCGGACGGGGAGGCCGACUGCAACGCGUGGAUCGACGCCAUAGACGGGGACGACCAGGCGACGCCGGCGUCGACCAUAGGCUUCGACCCGGCCUCGGGCUGCUUCAGCCUCACCCAGAGGGCCGGCGGCGCGCGGCGGCCGUUCGGGCUCCUGUUCCCGGGCACGGCUUCGGCCGACGCCGCGUCGCCGGCGCCGGCGCGAAUCUCCCAGAAACGGACCAACGUGGUGCGCAUGCAGGACGGGGAGCCGCCGCGGGCCGCUAAGAAGCAGUGCGGCGCGAGCAGGAAGACGAGCAAGCCGAAGCCGCCGGCGCCCACCACCACAUCCCCCGGCUCUCCGCAAAGCCUCGUCGCAAAGAACCGGCGGGAGAAAAUCAGCGAGCGGCUCCGGACGCUGCAGGAGCUGGUGCCCAACGGCACCAAGGUGGACAUGGUUACCAUGCUCGACAAGGCCAUCACCUACGUCAAGUUUCUGCAGCUACAGGUCAAGGUGCUGGCGACGGACGAGUUCUGGCCGGCGCAAGGCGGGAUGGCGCCGGAGAUCUCCCAGGUCAAGGAGGCGCUCGACGCCAUCUUAUCGUCGUCGCCUUCGCCGCACAAGGGCCAACGCAGCUGAACUGAAACUAGCUAGCUUCUAGCUAGAAGGGAAAUUAGUUAUACUUAGCUAGCCUCUGCAUCAAACGUAGUAUAAGGAAGAAUAUGAUAGAGAAAUUAAUCAACGACGAUCCACCUCGUUCCAAGAUAAAUAAGAGGGGCAUAUAUAAACGUACACCCUCUUGUUAAUCCUUACCAGUAGUAUAUGUAAACUUUUUUUUUCAUGGGACCUAGCUAGCGUGUUAGACACACGCUUGAUGUAGAAGAGAGGAGGGGGUUAACAUUUUGUUAACCCAAGAUGCAUAUUGUCAUACUCAUGUAAUGUAAGUUAGUAGAUCAAGAU